AUCCUUGAGGGGUGUGUGGGGGGUUGUUUUUUGUUUUGUUUUUUGCUUUUUUCCUUUCCUUUUUUCCUCUUUGACAACAUCCUCCUAUGGAUAAGGCUGGGAUCUACUUCUCACAAGGGGAAGAUUUUUAGCAAAUUGGUGUGAAAACCUAAUGAGGUUUUCAGGCUGUAUUGGUGACACAGACUAUUCUCAAUUUGUAUAGUAGUGCAAGAAAUACAGGGAAUGAUGAUAUGGGCCUAACACAGUUGAUAGGAUAACUUGCAUGCCUAGAACUUUAAUUCAAGGUAGUAGCUUUUUGGCAAAGCACAGGUUGAGAUGAAAAAAGAAUAAUGUUGCUUCAUGUGUGUGAGCCUUAGGUCAAGUAUAUCCCUUUCAGAGUUGGGGGAAUGUAAAAACUGUGUAAAAGGACUUAAGGUGGAAAAAGAACAAGCGCUCUGGCAAAAUUCCAGCAUAGUAGAUCAGCAAAUCAGUGGGGUUUGGUGGUUGGAAUCUUGUGAACAACUGGAAAAAUCUACCAAACUACAGGAUUUUAUUAUUACAGGGAAUGCAAGCUGCCCAGGUACCUGAGAAAAAGGAAAGUGCAGCAGGGCGCAUGUGGAUUGUUAGCAGGAGAGCUGAAGAAUUUACUGAUCUUCUGAUGCAGAAAGCAGAGAAAGCAACAAGACAAAGAUGUUGCAGAUCCAGUUCUGGUCAACGAAUGUGAAAUGGCAAGCAGCUUGGAUUAGAGUAUGGAAUACUGAAGCUGACGGUCCUUAGGACAGAGGCAACAAAAAUACAAACCAUGGCUUUGCAGAAGGGAGGCCUCAGACUCGGUUGGCUACGAGGUUUUCAGACGGAGGUCAAAGGCUGUCUUCCACAGACAUCUCCCAUGCCUGACAAGUGGAAGAUAGGAUUGCUUCUGAGUACUUACAGAAAUUGGCAAAAGGAUUUCAGGAAGAAUAGCUGGACUAUGUGCUACAGGAAUUCAGAAGCAAGGAUAACACGCUGAAAAGCAAAUCUCACCUGCUCUUUAAGAUGCCUAUGGAAGUAAUCCCAGGCUUGACCAGACCAAUCGAGGACUACAUCAAAAGAUGCGGGUGUCGGAGCAACUUGCUGAGUAUAGCAUCUACUGAUCGAACUAUUGGUUGUUAAGACUGAAGAUGCUAAAGGUGUUAGGCUUUGUCCUGUGUGGUCUGCUGAUGUCAUUGCAAAGUUCAAAUGCAGAAAGCACCAUCAUCUCUCAAGAAGCAUAUGAGAAGGCCUGUGAAGAUUCAACAAAUAGCCUUUUUGAGUCUGAAAUGAGCAAAUUCACGUUCCCAGAAUUAAAAGUGGAUUCAAUAACUAUCAAAGGGCUGUACAUCAUGAAUGUUACAAUUCUUCCAAUAAAGGCCAAGUGCAUCCCUGGAGCUGGGGUCAAGGUGUACUUUUCCACUCUUCUGAGUAUCUUUGGUACUUGUGGAAAUGUCCUUGUGCCUGGCGUGGUCACUGUCACUGUGAGGUUAAACUGCAGCGCACUGGUUCUGCUGGAAGGCUACUCGCCAGACAACAGCUCUGUUGGUGUCAGGGACUACACAUGUGACGCGAGUCUGAUAGAUGUCGAAAUAAGCUUGAGCAAUGUUGACUUAAGCGUGGAAGCAACGUUGAGAAACAACAUCCUGUUUGAGUUAAAAAACAAGACACCUAAAAUACUUUCAAGUUGCUUUUCCAUUGGGCACAGGAAGCUGCUGCAUCGUAUAAAUUCUGUAAUUGCAUUUGAGACAGGGAAAAUCAUAUAUGUGCCCAAGCCCCCCAAAGUACAUAACUACUCCAUUGAAAUACCUCUGCAGACUCAAUAUGAGACCAGUGAUGGGAAGAGAAUUCCCAUUCCAUCUCUGCCAGCCAGCCCUGAGGUGAUGCUGGCAGCAAAUGGCACAACUGAAACCAUUGGGGAGAAUACGUUUACCACUAUCCUCUCCCGCAUAGUCUUUGAGAAACCCAAGACCAUCCCUUGCACCCCUGAAACAUUCCCAGAGACUCGUGCUCUUGAGGCGGCCCUCAACGAUACAGUUGUGUCUAAGUGCCCGGCGUGCUCAUCGUCCCCUUUCUCGCUCGUCGUCAUUGUUGAAGUGGUCACGCCUUUGAAGGUCCAUCUGGAUGUGAACUUGUGCACCAUGAAUAUUUCUCUUAACCUGGAGAUAAUGAGUAAAAAAGGAAAUGAGAGCUUGCUGGUUCUUGCUCUCCUGGAGGCUAAACUCGAUUUGGCAGCCACUCUUCACGUCACUGAAGGGGAAGUGCAGUUCAGCGUGGCCCUUGACAGCCUGGCUCUCUCGCUGGUUUCCUCAGUCAACGGCACCGCGGAUGUUAAACUACUUCAGAAACCCUUGAGAGCUUUUGUUCAAGAAGUUAUAAUAAAUGAAAUCAAUUCGUAUCUCAAAAUUGGAAAAAUCCCAAUACUUAGGAUCCCAGGACUGACGUACACAGCUGUCGACUGCCGCGCUGCACAGCGCUGUAUUGUGUGCCAUAACUACCACAAGAAAAAGAAAAACUGACGUACAGGAUGAGUUGCUUGCUGUCGCGUCUCUUACACUGAACAGCAAAGACAGAGACCGUCAUGAGUGAAGAUAUUUUAAUUCAUAUAAUUCUUUAUUCUAAAACGUUGAUUACUUUUUUUUAAUGGGGGAAAAACUCCUACAUCUGCUUUAGAAUUACAGUUAAGGAAGUACAGAGGAUCCAAACAGUCUCUUUGUUAAAAAUACAUUCUACUAGAAGUGCUGUUUUCCGAAAUCAAUGAUGUGUUUGGUUAUAUGCUUCAAGGGAAAGUUUGGGACAUUGGUUACUGUUCUUGCUUUCUUUUGGCUGCUCUAAAUAAAUGGCUGUACUUUGCCAGCA